AGAGAGACGUCGUACGUGAAAUUAGAAAUAAACAUAAUUAUAAAUAAUUAGUAAUUAUUAGUCCAUCGAACCAACCAGAUCCUGAGAUGGCUUCUUCGAGCGGUGGUGUGCCUCCAGGAUUUCGAUUCCACCCUACUGACGAGGAGCUUCUUCACUAUUACUUGAAGAAGAAGGUCUCCUUUCAGAAGAUUGACAUGGAGGUCAUUCGAGAGGUCGAUUUGAACAAGAUGGAACCUUGGGAUUUACAAGAGAGAUGCAGAAUAGGAUCGACACCGCAGAACGAAUGGUACUUCUUCAGCCACAAGGACAGGAAGUAUCCAACUGGGUCUCGGACGAACAGGGCGACCAACGCUGGGUUUUGGAAGGCCACAGGAAGAGACAAGUGCAUUCGCAACGCCUUCAAGAAGAUUGGUAUGCGUAAAACCUUGGUUUUCUACCGAGGAAGAGCUCCUCACGGCCAGAAGAGCGACUGGAUAAUGCACGAGUAUCGGCUAGAAGAGCAAGACAACCAGCCUGAUCACCAUGAGGAUGGUUGGGUGGUGUGCAGGGUGUUCAAAAAGAAAAACCUAUUCAAACUCUCAUCAUCAUCUUCUACUGCUACUAAUAAUAAUCAUAAUCAUAAUAAUAUUAACAACAAUUCUCAUCAUCUUAAUAUUAACAAUGAAUUAGGCACCUCGCCCACUACUACUACUACUGCCAAUAUGAUGAUGAUGAUCAACUCAUCCUCAUCCAAUAAUUUAUCAUCAUCAGAUCAUCAUCAUCAUCAACACAACCUGAUGAACCACAAUAACAGCAUGACCAAUAAUAACGCAUUCAAUAUCCGAUCAGAUCACAACAACCAGCAGUACUACCAAAUGCUUCGCCAACCUCAACAUCAGGAAAGUACCACUGAACUCCCACAUCUUAAUUUGAUGAUGCAACAUCAGCAACAGCAGAACGUGGCUCUUCAUCACAACAACACUACUUACCCGACAGCUCACUACAAUAGCUCAUCUCUACUCCAUAACCUCAUUCCACCUCACAAGUCUACUCCUCUUUUGCCUGCAUCAUCCUACGAUCACUACGCCCCCGCUGGCCCUGCUCGGGACUGCGAGAGUGGCAGCGAUACUGCUCUGCCCUUGCGCUACCCAUCCAAUACUAACUGUGACCCUCAGCAGACAUCUGGGCUUGAGGUAGGUGCUGGAAGGUCGGACACUGAUCAAGACCCAGACCAUGCAUGGACAAUGCUUGACCGGAUUGUCACUACUACUAAUAAUAACACAAGUAGUCAUGAACAUGAAGAUGAUCAUCAUCAUCAACAUGAGUCAACUAAAGGGGUAAGGACGACCACGUUAUUUGAAAAUGUCAACAGCGUCGACGCACCCUCUGUCUCUCUUUCUGUGUCUCCUCACAUUAAUCCCUUAUCUUUACGUGGGACGUCUGGGGAGAUGGAUUUCUGGGGUGGCUAUGCCAAAUAGCCACGCCCACACACACAUAUAUAUAUAAUGAAUAUAUAUAUAUAUAAAUCUUAUUUAUCAUUCAUUUGGAUCACUAUAUAUACAUAACGAUUGUAUACAUCUCAAAAUUAUAAAUACUGUUAUAUCUACGUAACUAGAGCUCUCUAUACUCAUGGAUUUUACUUUUAAUUAGCCCAAAAACUAUAUAACUGUA